GUUUUGUCUGAUGAAAUAUCUAACUUCCCACAUAAUCUCAGAUCCGGUGACAAGUCAGAAAAUUGAAGAUUGCUAGAUAAGAAACUCAUCAACGAGUGAGUCAGCAGCACUUUGAGAUAAUCGGAUCCGCAAGCACAGUUGUACAGAACAGAGAAGCGCAGGGCUGCCCACAACGAAAAUGUGCUGCUCUAUUUUCCAGCGAGAAUUGUACAGAAAGGUCAAAUAAUUGAAGCUCUAAUUCUCUACAUGGAGCUGCCAAAACUGCUGAAGUACCCUGCAUCUUCUGUCUUUCGUACAUGACAGAGACAGUAUAAGAGAACGUAACAAGAGUGAACAGUGCAGGCGCCUGCAUUGAGCUGAUGGUGAAUGUGGAAUCGAUUGCACCGUUUAUUUCUUCAGAGGGUCAAUUUCACGGAAAUAUCGCUUUUUAUGUUUUUAAAGUCUGCAAUGCGGAAAAACAAAACUUCAAGACAGUGAAGGCCCAUCUUUGGAAACUUCCAAAAAGUGAAUUGAAACUUUCCCCUUGAAAUAAAAGCUACGAAUGUUUAAUAAGAAGUAUUAGCAUCUUGUGACAUCGUACAUUUCGACGGUUAAAAUGACUACCUCAACAUAUUUGGAAACCUGCAACGAGAAACAAUUUUACCAUACAUCUGAAGUCACCUAUAAGAUUUCCGCAACAUUUUACAGCUUUAUAGUUAUUGUGGGAGUCCCGGAAAACGUCGUAGCACUUUAUUUUUUAAUGUGCAACAAAAAAGAACUGACCGAAGCUAAAAUCUACAUGAUAAGUCUAACAGUGGCUGAUCUCCUCUUUGUUAUAUUUCUUCCUUUCUGGAUUGAUUACUAUUAUCGCGAAGGCGACUGGAUCUUCUCCAGCGUUGCGUGCAGCCUAUGGGGAUCUCUGUUCUACAUCAACACUUAUAAUACUAUCUUCUUUCUGGCUGUCAUCAGCUUUACUCGUUAUCGUGCCGUCUCACAGCCGGUAAAGGUAGUUCAAUCGAGACAGAUUGUGAGAGGCUUAGCUUUAACUGCUUUAAUCUGGACAUUAACAAUUUGCUUUUCUUUACCGAUUGUAAUCAAUCACGAAGAUUACCUCGUCAAAACAAAUACCAGCCAUGAAAGAUGUUUUGAAAGUUAUGGGGAAAAAAACAAAUCACAAAUAAUAGUUAUACAUAUGCUAAUGGAGCUGGGUUUUGUCGUUAGUUUUGGCGUGGUCGCUGCCAAUAAUGUCCUCAUCCUUCGAACCCUGUCUGUUGACCAGAAAACAUUGAGAACUUCGCAAAACAAGUUCAAGACCCGCGCUUUUCGGUUGGUGCUUAUGGUUCUGAUCAUCUACACUGUUUCGUUUCUACCUUACCAUUUAGUCCAUCUGCUUUGGACGCUUUUAGUACUCAACUUCUGGAAAUCUGACGACUGCGCUUUCAGAAAAACUGUUAACGAUGCUCAUCAUAUCUCUCUGUGUCUGAUGUGUACCAACUGCAUUCUGGACCCCAUUCUUUACUGUUUCAUGACAACAAAUUUCAGACAAUAUUUUAAAGAAUUAAGACAAUCCUUCACACGUAAGUAUAUCCUCAGGAGAAAUCCUAAACCUCAAGAAAUUCAGCUGGCAUGAAAUGGUACCCUAGUACAGUAACGUUAUUAUGUCAAUUAUGACCCAUCACAUGAAAAUCAUCACUGCUCAACUUAUGCGUUUUAUUACCAGUUCGUUUAGUUUAUCAUAAGAAAAAAAAAGGUUAAUCUUAAAAACAUCUUAUUUACAAGAUUCUGGAUUUUUGAAUAUUCUGAAACAACAAAAGAAGUAACAGACCAGAGAAAAAAAUUCUUCCUUUUAAUAUUUGUGAAGCUUGUGGUGUGUAACAUUUCAGGAAUGUUUUAGAGCCUUCACUGAAUAGGUGAUAGUUCCCUUUUAUCCAGUUCAUUCAAUGAGGGCGACAGAUAGGAAGUUAGAACUGGUUUCAGCAACUUUGAGCUAGGAGGUGGAAAUAAAAGCAUUAUUGACACCAAUUUUGAUUACCAUUGCUAAGUGCACAGUGUUGAGACUAGCAGCUUCAUCCCAAAUGCCAUUUAUGAAAUGCCACUGAUGAUUGUGUAUUACAAACAUACCCAAUUAAUCCUCACCCAACUAAUGUGAGUUUUUAAUCUAUCAUUACAUGUAGACCACACCCAAAAACCAUGUGAUCUUCUGGGAGUAGCAAAAAAACUCAGUUAGACUUGGUUGGACAAAUUCUAGGUGAUACAGCUCUGACUUGGGGCUUCUGCUCCUCAUUGCCAAUUGCUAUUAUCUCAGGAGUUCACUUUGGCCUUAAUAAUACCGCACAGUGCUUACCACUUAAUUAGGAACAGGAAUAGGCCAUUAAGCAUCUUGACUUUGCUUCACCUUCAGGCAAUAAGAUUGUCGCUGAUCUGCAAUCCAACUGUGUUUACCUGCCAUUACUCCAUCCAUUGAAACAUAGAAAAUAAGAGCAUUAGGCCAUUCAGCCCUUCGAUCCUGCUCCACCAUUCGUUAUGGUCACAGCUGAACAUCAAACUCAGUAACCUGUUUUCACUUUCUCCCCCUUACCCUUUAGCCCCAAAUGUCAAUUCCAACUCCUUCUUCAAAACAUACAAUGUUUUGGUCUUGAUUGCCUUCUGUGGUAGUAAAUUCCACAGGCUCAUCACUCUCUGGGUGAACAAAUUUCUCCUCAUGUCAGUCCUAAAUGGUUUCCUUCAUAUCCUUAGACUGUUAACCCUGGGUCUGGACAGCCCUACCAUUGGGAACAUCCUUCCUGCAUCUACCCUGUCUAGUCCUCUUAGAAUUUUAAAGGUUUCUAUGAGUUCCCCCUUAUUCUUCUGAACUCCAGUGAACGUGAUCCUAAUCAAUUCAACAUCUCAUACAUCAGUCCCACCAUACCAGGAAUGAGACUGGUAAACCCUCUUAAUCCCGUUGGUUAACAAAAAUCUAUUUGUAAUGUUAAUAACUGAUGUAGCAUCUUUUAUCAUGAGCAAAAGAGAAUUCCAAACUUCUACACCUCUUUGUGUCAAAAUCGUUCCUUCACUCCUGAAAGUCUGACUUUAAGUUUUAGGCUAUGCCACUAGUCUUAGACACCCAACUAAUGUAAUUAGUUUCUUUCCAUCAACCCUAUUUUCCUCUUAAUACAUUGAAAACUGAAAUCAAAACAUCCGUAACCUUCUAAAUUAUGGGAAAAGCAAUCCUAGUUUGUGUGAUCAUUCUGUGUAAAUUAAUUCGUAGAGUCCAAGUAUCAUUGUGAUGAACUUGAACUACAAGCCCUCCAAAACCAAUAUGUCCUUCCUAAGGUAUGGUGCCUAGAAUUCCCAUACUCCAGGACUUAUCUGACUAGGUAUUUGUUUAGAUGUGGCAUAGCUGCCAGUCUUUUAUAUUUGAGUUCUAAUAUAGAAGUCAGCACUUCAUAACCAUUUCAUGCCAUUUCAAUGAUCUAUAUACCUGAAUGCUUAAGUCUCUUUGGACAUCCAUUGUUUAAAAAUUUUCUCUGUUUAGAAAGUACUAACCUUUCCAAAAUGUAUGAUCCCAUUUUGCCUAAAUAAAAUCCUCUUAGUUUUGUCCACUCACUUAAUCUACCAACAUAUUUUUGUAACUUUAUGCUACCAGUUGCGCUGGUUACAAUGUUGCCUAUCUUCCAUCAGCAAACUUGAAAAUGUGGCUUUUAUUACAUCCAUUGAGUAGUUGAGGUUUUAACACAGAUCCUUUUGAGACACUACUGGUCACAUUCUAUUAAUUAGUCAAUCCGUGCUGUUACUACCGGAUGGUUAUGUCUGCACCCACCAUCACUCUCCUCACAAAUGAAGUCAACGACCAAGAGAAAAAGGAAUGAGCACAGUGUGCAGCCUUGCAGUAUUCCUCUUAUAAUGUUCAAGAAGUCUAUAGUGCUCAUCCUGAUCUUGGCACAGGAGUUGAGCAGCAGUACCUUUGAAGGUAUUAAUAUACCAUUGCAAGAAAUUAGAACCUAUAAACUUGACAUAUAAGGCAUUAGCUAGCUACAGUGGACAGGCCAAGGAUAAAUCAACAGUAAAUGCAUGACAAUCCUCAUUGUCAGCCUUAUACUCAACAGAUGCUUGGCACAGGGUUAGUGGAGUGGAAGCCAGUCAUUCAUCACAUUUUCACUGCUAGUUGUCAAAACCAGGCAUGCCAAAGUCACUGUCAUGGAAGUUUACACACCAACAGAGGGAGAGGGAUAAAAAGAUUAAUUCUACCUCCAAUUACAGUAUGUGCUGGUCAAGAUACCUAGCUAUGAUAUUAAAUGACGAAUAAGUGACCUCAGUGCUAAUCUAUUGCAAUUGGCGAAGACUGAGUAGUAUGAUAGAACCUCAUGGGUCAGCAGCAUGUACAUUGGAAACAGUGAGUAUCUGCUAGCUUUCUGCAACAGCAAUUGGCUCAACAUUGAGAAAGCCUUCCUCAAACACAAGGAUACCUACAAAAAAGACAUGGAGGCCUCCAGGUGAUAAUACCCUAAAAGUAAUUGACAUUUGCAUCAGUAGUAGAUGGAGCACAGCUCUAAUAAGAGGUUUGGAUUUGUCAAGGUGCUCAUUUAGGAUUGACUACCAUCUUACGUUAAGGAAGAUCCGCUUGAAGCUGAAGAAAGCAACCAUGAAGUCACAACAGCCAUCUGAAUGGAGAAACUGUAGAACAAGGCCAUAUCAAACAAUUUACAGCUGGCCUGCUUCAACAGUUUCAAAGUACUACUAAGGUUGGGCAAUAUUGAGUCAAAGUGGGAAUUUCUUCAUAAAAGGGAUUAAGACUAAUGCAGCAGCUACUAUUUCUUUUGCUAUGUACUAGAGCUUUCCUAAACACUUUUUCACAGAGCGUUUCACUGCACUGUUUCACUUUGAAUCAAGACAGUUCAA